AUGGAUACUUUAGUGGUAAUCCGUAACGAUGAGCCUAACCUAGUUAGUGCUUCUAGCAUGGAUUAUUACUUAAGAGGUAUAGAUGGGUUGAUGGCGGAGCCUGAGAAACGGCUACCACAUCCAAGGAAGGCAGCAGGCGCGCAAAUUACCCAAUCCCGACACGGGGAGGAACAAUUGGAGGGCAAGUCUGGUGCCAGCAGCCGCGGUAAUUCCAGCUCCAAUAGCGACGGUGGUCCUGUUUUGUUGGUUUCUGAAUCACCGUAUACCAUAACGGUUUGGGUGGGGUGUACACCCCACCCAAAAUUUAUUCAACGGAGAGAGUGUAGUGGGGUUACUAUUGGACAAAUGAAUUUUGAAAAAGAUUCAAUCGAAAAAGUUUAUAUUGGUUGUUGCUUCAAUGGACCUAACAAUGCCUAUUACAGAAUAGUAAAAAUUCUUAAACGUGAUGUUGCCAAGAAGGUGGUCUUUGUGGUUGUAGACGAUGAGGCUUCACAUAGAAUGGUUAAAGAAUUUGUUCCUAAAAAUGAUCUAUCAAUUAUCUACGAUCAUAAAAAUGGGUAUUGGUCAAAUGUUAGAUAUUAUGUUAAAGUUAUUGGGAGAUAUUGUGAAGCACAGUUGCAUUAUGAUGAAAAUGGAAAUUUUUAUUUUGUUGAUAUAUUUGCAUUUAAUGAUUUGAACAUUCCUAUUUUGUCUUAUUCUAAUAAUUUUCAUAUUAGGUAUCAACUUUUUACUGACGAUAAAACUGAGGGGUAUAUGCCGAUCCAGGAGUUUAGACAAUUUGAGGAUCAAUAUGAUAAAUUGGAUAUGGAUAUUGUAUAA